GCGCGCUGUCCACGCCGGGGCAUUACUAAACAGCACCUAUGUGGAUGACAAUCUUUUUCCUUUCCCGAACCAUGGCAUCGCGCCCUACUCGCUCUCGGCCAGCAACGAGCUUGUCCUCAUGGGGUGCGAUGCGUGGGCGUCGAUGCUCGGGCACCGCACCAGCAACGACAAUGGCCCAGACAUCCUCAGUGGAUGCGUCUCCUUCUGCAGCUUUGCCUCGGACGAAGACACCGACGUUGGCCACGUCGACCACCGAGGGCGAGACCGAGAAGGGCAUAGCCGGCGCCGGAACCCAAAUGACAAGUACUGCCACGGCAUGGGCUGCUGUCAGACACACAUCUCCCAGGACUCCACGGGGGGGAUGCCCAAGCAGUUGAGUGUGGGCUGGCUAGGCAAGCAGAGUGCGUUCGCCGGAAAUACGAUGUCACGUGCGCUGGUGUUUGUUGCAGCAGAAGGGUGGUACGAUAACCUGGCUUUCUCCGGCGUGCUGGGCCCCGAUAAGCAACCCGAUAAGCAACAGUCAGCCAGAGCCGUGCAGGAGGUCCCUAUUAUUCUACAGUGGGAGAUCUUAUCUGAUAAACCCAACUGUACUACAUCCAACAAGUGCAAGAGCAAGCACAGCCACUGCAAGCAGGGGAACAGAGGCUAUACAUGCCACUGCGAGGUUGGCUACGACGGCAACCCCUACUCCGACGACGAUGGUCAGGGAUGCAAAGCUCCGGAUGCUGGCCGCCAGAGGUCCAUGAUUAUAGUUAGCGUUGGAGCUGGGCUUGCGAGUGCCGGGGGCCUCAUAGUUUCAGUUCUUGCUGGAUGGUUCAUUUCCAGCAAAGUUAAACAGAGAAAUGCACAAAUUUCGAAGCGAAAGUUCUUUGACCAAAAUCGAGGACAGCUGUUGCAACAAUUGGUAUCACAGAGGGCUGAUAUUGCUGAAAGGAUGAUCAUACCCUUAGAAGAGAUAGAGAAGGCAACCAACAAUUUUGAUAAAGCUCGUGAGCUUGGUGGUGGAGGGCAUGGUACAGUAUACAAAGGGAUUUUGUCAGACCUCCAUGUGGUAGCCAUCAAGAAGCCAAAGAAGAUUAUUCAAAGGGAGAUUGAUGAGUUUAUUAACGAGGUUGCUAUACUAUCACAGAUCAAUCACCGAAAUGUGGUAAAACUUUACGGUUGUUGCCUUGAAACAGAAGUUCCAAUGUUGGUCUACGAGUUCAUAUCCAAUGGAACCCUUUAUGAUCAUCUUCACAUCAAUGGACCAAGAUCAUUGUCAUGGGAAGACAGGCUUCGGAUUGCAGUUGAAACAGCCAAAUCACUGGCCUAUCUUCACUCUACAGCUUCAAUGCCCAUCAUUCAUAGAGAUGUGAAGUCGGUUAACAUACUGUUGGAUGACACUCUAACAGCAAAGGUAGCAGACUUUGGAGCUUCAAGAUAUAUUUCGGUGGAAAAGUCGGGGUUAACAACAAUGGUUCAAGGUACAAUAGGAUAUUUGGACCCAAUGUAUUUCUACACAGGGCGGCUCACAGACAAAAGUGAUGUCUAUAGCUAUGGUGUCAUGCUCAUAGAACUGCUUACUCGACAAAAGCCAUUUUCAUAUUUGUCUUCUGAAGGUGAAGGCCUUGUUACACAUUUUGUUGCAUUGUUUGAGGAGGGUAAUCUGUCACAGAUAUUAGAUCCACAAAUUACAGAUGAGGGAGGCAAAGAAGUUGAAGAAGCCGUUGCACUUGCAGUGGCAUGUAUAAAAUUAAGAGGAGAGGAGCGUCCAACCAUGAGGCAAGUGGAGUUGACACUUGAAGGUCUUCGACCAUCCAAGGAGUAUAUUUCAGAUGAAUUUGGCACCAACAGACUUGAGAACAAAGGUGUCACGAUUAAUGCUCCAUCAACCGUAGAUGGAAGAAGCACUGAUGGAUCGACUAGACAAUACAGUAUGGAAGAAGAGCUGGCCAUGUCUUCGAGGUAUCCUAGGUAGUACUGUUGACACAUGAGUUCAACUUAUAGUCUUUUUCAGUAGGGGACUUAUUGCCAUUCGAUUACUGACUCUAAAACCCUUGAUUUUCUCAUCUUGAACUUUGUUUCUUGUGUUGGUGUGCUUAGAAUCUCAUGUAAAUUCAAUGCAUGUGGAUUUUUUCACAAUAAAUGAAGAUUUUAUUGAUUCGAAUAUUGUAUUAAGAUGAUACAAGCACGA